ACUGCCAGUCAGAGGAGCUGAGAGUCAGGCACUGCUAGGAGAGCAGAUUAUGAAGCGGAGCUCAAGCGGCGGCAGUCUCCUCUCAUUGUCUCAAUGGCUGCACACGCAUUCCUCCUCUGUUCCUUCGCCUUGCUGUCUGCUCUCAGCUGGCCUGGGCUCUCCUUGACUGAGGAAGAGUUGCAGCUGCGACUCAUCUAUGACGAAGUGCCUGAAAUCCUGGACAGAAGCAAAGUGAACCCCAAACAAGCAACAAGAGUCACAUCAAGUCAAGAUGGUGGGUAUGGCUUAGAAAGUGAAGAGGUUAUUUUGACACCUGAAGAUGAAAACCCUCUCAGGAGAAUACUGCAGCCUUUCAACUGGCAUCAUCCAGGGAUGUCUCACAGUAAGAGGAAGCUACUCCAAUCUCUGAUGGGGCCUUAUGGUCCUCUGAGUGUGUCUUACAAUGGGAAGACCUGCAUUCUGUUCAAAGCAAAGCGCCUGGCAAUACGCUACAGGAACCAUACCUUUAUUGAUUUGACUGAGAGGGUCUUCAACCCCAGCUCACCGGUAGACACCAAAGGCUCCAUCUGCACCAAGGAAAAAGCUACGCUUUCAUUAAGGUUUGGUGAUGUGGAAGAUUUAAGAGGUCUAGUAAUCAGGCUUCAGAUGUCCAACACUUUUUAUGAGGCAGCUGGUCAAAACUGGUUCACACUAGACAGUGUUCACAUCCACUACAACUGGACCCAGGAGGCUACGUUCAAUGCCAGUGAGGUCUACGCUCCGGCUACUUCAUCCUACCAUUGCCAGCACGUCAGCAGCCUGCACAAAUAUGACACCCUGCUAGUACCCAGCUCCCACACUGACACAUCUGCUAACUGGCACAUCACUUUUACCGAUUUUCAGAUCCAGGCCUUUAAUGUACAGUCAGACAAGUUUGCAUCAGCUAGUGACUGUGCCACUUUCUUGACACCAGCCAUCCUUAUGGGCUUGGUGACAUCUUUGAUCCUGCUCCUCGUCUUAGCCUAUGCCCUGCACAUGGUGGUACACCUCAAGCACAUCGAUCGAUAUGAGGAGCACAAAGCCACUGUCUACUUUCCCCGUAGUCCAGAGGCAGAGUUACCAGACAAGAACAGCCUGUGAAAGAACAAGAAGAGC